GGAGAACAACCCCGGAUUUACAUCGAAUGCCACGAGGAACGGCGCCAAACCAAUCUGACAGCUUAGGAGGAGCUCCAUUGUCAAUGAAAAGCGAUAUUUCGAGUAUAGGCAAGCUCGAUAACAUGCUAUCGCACCCUUGCCCCUGCCGCGUCGGAAGGUCUCCGCCUGUAAGGCAGACAGAUAAGCAGAGAGCCAGUCACCAAACUUUUUUUUUCCAUGUCCUAAGAAGAAAGGCCGCUCGUAUGUAAACCCAACUCAGAGAUAAGAUGUUCAACUCCACAAAUAUGCUCUCUCAGCGCUUCUGGGCCAAUGAUAAUGUCUUUCUGGCAAGCUUUACGCCAUCGGCCCGUAGCUGCAACGCAACCCGUGUUGGACAUGAUAAGGAUGCUGUCUGAGCCCCCCGGGGCGAGCAUAUAAUACGUCCUGCACCAACCUCCGAGUUUGCCUGUACUGCUGCACUCCAUCCUCGUGCUUGUCGUUCUCGAUCAAUAUGGGUGCUCCGUCGUUAAAAGACCUCGAGGAGGCCAAAACCGAAGUGAAAUCGCCAGAGAUGUAUGACUAUGAGGACCCGCAAGCGCUGAAGGGCGAAAUCCAUGAAGGGCCUAACACGGAGACUCAUCGUGGAUUGUCUUCGCGGCAAUUGCAGCUGAUUGCCAUCGGGGGUUGUAUUGGGACGGGUCUCUUUGUAGGCUCCGGAUCUACCUUGUCCACGGUGGGCCCAGCCCCGCUGUUCAUGGGCUACUUUGCCAUGUCAUCGGUGGUGUGGUUUGUGAUGAACGUGCUGGGCGAGAUGACCACGUAUCUGCCCAUCAAGGGCAUCUCGGUGCCUUAUAUUAUUGGCCGUUACACGGAGCCCAGUAUUGGAUUCGCUGCCGGAUAUAACUACUGGUACUCGUUUGCUAUGUUACUCGCGAGUGAAGUUACGGCUGCCGGUAUCAUCAUCCAGUACUGGACCACCUCCAUCAAUGUUGGGGUCUGGAUUACGAUCAUCCUGCUCGUGAUUUUGGUCCUCAAUGUUGUCGCUGUGUCAUGGUAUGGAGAAGCUGAGUUCUGGUUUGCAACAUUGAAGAUCCUCGCCAUUAUUGGUCUGAUCAUCCUGGGAAUUGUGCUCUUCUUUGGUGGAGGCCCCAACCAUGACCGUCUGGGUUUCCGCUACUGGGACAAUCCCGGCGCAUUCAACCCUUACCUGGUAGCCGGGAGCACAGGUAGAUUCCUUGAUUUUUGGACGGCGUUCAUCAAGUCCGGAUUCUCCUUCAUCUUCUCUCCCGAACUCAUCACCACUGCUGCUGGUGAAGUCGAGGCCCCUCGUCGGAACAUCCCCAAAGCUACCAACCGUUUCAUCUAUCGGGUGUUUACCUUCUACAUCCUGGGGACCCUUGUCAUUGGUGUCACCGUGGCCUACAACGACCCCCGUCUGAUGUCUGCUGUUGCCAGCGGAAGCUCCACCGCUAGUGCCAGUCCUUUCGUCAUUGCUAUCCAGAACGCUGGUAUCUCUGGACUCAACCAUGUGGUCAACGCUGCCAUCCUGAUCUCCGCCUGGUCUUCGGGUAAUGCGUGGUUGUUCGCUGGUUCUCGGACGCUGUACUCGCUCGCCUGUGGUGGCCAUGCUCCGAAGAUCUUCAGCCGGUGCAACCGCAACGGUGUACCCUACUACGCUGUUCUUAUCACCUGGGCGGUUGGUUUGCUAUCCUUCUUGAACCUAUCCGACUCUGGUGCAAAUGUCUUCUACUGGUUCACCAACAUCACCACGGUGGGAGGGUUUAUCAACUGGGUCUUGGUCGGCAUCGCUUAUCUGCGAUUCCGCAAAGCAAUGAACUACCACGGCCUACUGGACAGCCUGUCUUUCAGGACCCCUUUUCAGCCAUAUGGAACCUACUAUGUCAUUGUCAUCGUGAGCCUCCUGACCAUCACAAACGGGUACGCGAUCUUCUUCCCCGGACAGUUUACCGCCGCCGGCUUCCUGGUGUCGUACAUUGUGGUGGCCAUUUUCUUGGCCCUCUAUGUGGGCCACAAGAUCUGGUACCGAACCCCAUGGCUCACGAAGGUGUCUGAAAUUGAUGUCUUCACGGGUAAGGAGGAAAUUGAUCGACUCUGCGAGAAUGACUUCGAGCGGGAGCCCCGGAAUUGGGUGGAACGUGUGUGGUGGUGGGUUGCUUGAGUAGCCUUCUAGACACUUGGUAGUGAUUGGAGAUAGGCGAGAGUCGGGCGACACCUCUGUACAUAGUUAUUUCAAUCGCCUAUAAUUAGAGUUGUGACUGCU